UCGAUCCCUUCAUAAACAAAAUCGGAGUCUCGGAGAUUUGUAUAACCUUGUAUAGGCGCAGCAAAACAGCAAUUCCUUGUCUCAAAGAUCGAUGUGCUAGAACACGUCACGGUGAUCGAUCUUUGGCGACGAGACAGAUUUCCCCCCGGGAUCGAGUAAGUUUGCCAUGUCAUCGUCGUUCGCCGCUGGCGAGCCGUCGAUGUCCGCCUCCACCAUCGUCGCCGACACGGCGAGAGGCUGCCACAUCCUGAAAAUCGAGGGCUAUUCGAGCACCAAGGUGAACCCCAAUGGCGAGGCCAUCAAAUCCGGCCAGUUCACCGUGGGCGGCCAUCGCUGGCGCAUCACGUACUACCCCAACGGCCGUACCCCCGACUCGGCGGACUACAUAUCCCUUUACCUGGAACUCGACGAGAAGGACACCAAGUGCGUCAAGGCAAAGUUCCAGAUGCGUUUCGCCAGCCUCGUUACCAGGCAGCCGUCGCUGAAAUCGGCUGCUGCGCACACCAUGACGACAGACAACGGGCGUGGAUACCCGAAGUUCGUCAAGAGGGAGGACCUGGAGAAAUCGGAGCACCUCAAGGACGACGCCUUCACGGUCAGGUGCGACAUCGUCGUCUUCAACGACUUCCGCACCGAGGCGACGCCCGUCGCCAACCAGUUCGUCACCGUGCCGCAGUCCGACCUGAAGCAGCACCUCGGUGACCUCCUCAAGGGCGAGAAGGGCGCGGACGUCGUGUUCAGCGUCGGCGGCGAGACCUUCGCCGCGCACCGGUGCGUGCUCGCUGCCCGGUCCCCGGUCUUCAGCGCGAAGCUUCUCGGCGCGAUGAAGGAGGGUGGCAACGGUAGCGUCGUCUGCGUAGACGACAUGGAGGCGCAGGUGUUCAAGGCGCUGCUCUGCUUCGUGUACACGGACUCCUUGCCGGAGACGGAGGAGGAAGAUGAAGGCGCUGCCAUGUUACAGCAUCUACUUGUUGCAGCCGAUAGGUACAACCUUGAGAGGCUGAAGCUGAUUUGCCAAGAAAAGCUUUGCAGCCAUAUUGAUGUGCGCACGGUGGCCACCAUUCUUGUGCUGGCCGAGCAGCACCGCUGCGACGGGCUGAAGAGAGCAUGCUUCGCUUUUCUCAGCUCCCCGGUGCAUCUCAUGGCAGUCAUGAUCACCACCGGUUUCGUGCAUCUAAGAAUUAGCUGCCCCGCCGUUGCAAUGGAGCUCGUUGCUAGAUGCUUGGCACCUUUGGGGACCUCCGCUGCACUUCGUAUGACAGCACCCAACGGGACCAAGCGGGCUCGGGUUGAUGAAACAGGGGAACUGGUAUGGCCUGCUUCUUAGUUGCGCGCGGCUAACAAGGUCUGCCAAUGUUCCUUGGGUCGCUAGGUUACGGGAAUUCUAAAGUUUCGUCAAAACAAGUCACGAAUCGCAUCCGCAUUUGAACUCUCUACUACCUAGGUAGCUACCUUAGUAUAUGACUGAAUUUCUCCUAGCAAGGUGGGAAGUAUCUGCAUUUUGCCUCUGUCUUGAACUGUUGAUAGAUCAUGUCAUUGUGAUCGAGUAACGCUGGUACGAUUGGGAGUUGAUUGCCACUCUAUUACAAGUAGUUCAAAGAUCGUGCG